AUGCGUAUUUUCGCUUGGUCCGACCUCCACCUUGAAAGCAAAGUGAACCUUGAGCUUGUCAAAGAAUUUUGCCAGUUGAACAAGAAACGCCCCGAGUCUUCAGAAAAUGGGAGCAGUACCUGCCAUAGCACCUCAAGAGCAAAUGAAUAUGACAAUGGCGAGCCAGGCUCCUCUACUGAGGCCAGGGCUGGAGCGGAAGCGCCACUAUGGUCUCCACUUUCUGGUACCCUGGCGGGCAACAUAGGAAAGCUGUGGGAAGUGGUCACAGGAGCAUCCUCACCACUCAACGAGGACUUUGCCGAUGAUGUACUUAUUCUUGCCGGAGAUGUGCACCACGAGCUAGAUGGUUUAAAAGAUUCCCUUAAACUUUUCGGCUCAGUUUUUGGCCAUGUAGCCUUUGUACCAGGAAAUCACGAACUUUGGGUAACUCACAAAGACAGAUAUUUGGGUAUAACCGACAGCUUACAGAAGUUUGACAGCAUUUUGCGGCUGUGCGAAUCCUUGGGUGUCCACACUAGCCCAUUUUCCCCUUCUAGGAGUGUACGCCUAGUCCCCCUUUUCUCCUGGUACGACGAAUUAGACCCCCACUUCCGUCGUGUAGCCUUGCAUACACAUCAUCCCCAGACGGUGGCUCCACGCACAAAUCAGUCGUAUUCCGGGAAAGUAAGUCAUGGCAUUUCUCCUUCUGAUAGCAACCGGGGUAUUAGCUCUAAGCUCUUGCUAUCUCUAGCUGAAAACUGGAUGGACUACACCGCCUGCAGGUGGCCACUCCCGCUCAGCAACAAUGACCCCAAGUCGACUGCCCGCCUGAGCACUGAGUGUAGCAUUUUCGGAAGAAGUGAGGCCGAGGCAACGCAGUUCAGACGGUUCAACGGGAUGAGUCUUGGCAAGAACCGGCGAUGCACGUGCAACUUCACGAGUAGGUCCGGUGUUCCUACUGCCUCCUUAUCUGGCACUGCAGCAGUUGAUGCUUUUGGACGGAAGGAGGCAACUGGCCUACCUGGUGGGUCAGAUUGGGCAGCUGACGUCUCUUGCAAGCCGUUUCAUCGCAAGUGCUGUGGCGAGAAGGCAAGGGACAUGCCGGAUGCGGUGUUACCCAGCUGCGCCCCCCGGCGGUUCACAGACGCCUGGGGAAUGCCUUUGAGCCUGUCGGAGUUCUUUGCAACUGAAAAUGAACGCAGGGGCUGUUUCUUGAGCAAUUCCCACAGCCCUUGCAGAGAUACCUGCCGACGUGAGCGGAAUUUCCAGCACGUUGAAGCUGGACCUUCCGUCUCUGAUAUGCGUGACGGCGCAGCUGCUGCUCAUGUACGAGGAUCGAAUACGGGCCACACCACAUUGUCGGAAAGUGACCGUAGUUCCUAUUCCGCCAAUUCUGAGAUUGACUUGGGUUCAGAAGGCACUUGUGGGCAGGAGUCUACUUGCUCCGAGAACUCAACGGUAGUCAUUACUUUCUCACACUUUUUGCCUCGCGCGGAGCUGGCCAAACUUUACCCACUCAGCCCUGGAGCACUGGCGUACGUGAUGGGCUCCACCCGUAUCGACGAGCAGCUGAGGCAGGCCGAAGGUUCAGUGCAUGUCUUUGGGCAUUCCCACGUCAACAUCGAUCACAAGAUCGAGGGAGUACGUUACAUCCAGCACUCUCUUGGUCGCCCAUCUGAACAGAAGUGGUUGCCUGCAAGGCUACGACCAAAGCUCAUCUUUAGCGAUGCCCUUUAA